AUGAAGGAGUACGGUAUCCCGUAUGUUCGUGAGGCAGCCAUGGCAAAACUGUUUGCGUCUCAAGUGGCCACCUCAACAUCUGCUCAAUGUGUGAAGUGGUUGGGAGGAGUGGGUUUCACGAAGGAGUUCCCGGCGGAGAAGUUCUAUAGGGAUGCAAUGAUUGGAGAGAUUUACGAGGGAACUUCGAAUAUUCAAUUGAAUACGAUUGCUAAGCUUAUUGAUAAUGAGUAUAAGUUGAGGAGUUGA